UCUGACAGGCCCGGCUUGGGGGUGUCGGGGGACAGGCCCCGCAGCCUGCAGUAGCCCCGGCCCUCAGGCGUUCACCUGAGGGGACAGCUGCGGCAGCUCGACCAGGAGGCACCGCGUGGGCUUGUCUGUGGAUCAGGAUUGAGCGAGUGGCUGAAGGGGAGCAGAUUCUGUCACUUUAUUUCAUGCUUUAGCAAGUGUGGCCACCCUUCACAACACCUCCUCUGUCAUCCUUAGGUUCUGAGGAAAAAGCACAAUUGAAUGUCAAAAUAAAGUGGUGACUGUUUUUCCUCAGGUUAGCGUUCAUGGCCAUAAGAGCCUCCUUUUCCUGUUUUUCUCCCACAGAUUUUGUUUGUAGCCUUUUGAUACCUACAACUGUUAGCCAGUGCUGGGAAGAAGGGUAAUACCUUCUGUAGCACAGAAUCACACAUAUCAUUCAUUCAUUCAUUAUUACUAGGGGCUAUUACUUCUAGGGUAGAGAUAAAACGAGUAAAAAUCAGACACACAGGACUUGCCACUGUGGAGCUUCAAGAACAGUCAAGUGGGGGAGGGGGUUCCCAUCAGUAAGAUCACCUGUGAAUAGUUCCCACGACCUAGCCUCAAGUGCAGAGGGGUGUGAUGCCUACAGCUGCCUGACGGGCCUCAGGCUUAAAAAGAUCAUAACCACAUUUCAGGGUUUUGCACAGAUAGCUCCAUGACAUCCAAGUGCUGUGCCAUUUGAACCAAUUUUGGUAGGAAAUCUGGGCUGUUGGGCCAUGGAUACAGGAGAAAUAAUUUGAAGUUGUGGCAGAGCCAAAGUCAGAGAGUGAAGAUGAUUCCCUGUGGGGUGUGCUGGCUUCGUGUUUGAGUCAGGGCCCUAUCUUGAAUUCUCUCCGCCUUUCAAUAUGUUCCCCUAACUUCCUGUUAGGAUCCCCCUCAUUGAAAGAUCAGGGAGUGGAAUUGAUGGAUGGAAGUGGGGUUGUUUUCAAUCCAGCCAUGAGGAAAGUUUGUUUUGCUUUUUAUUUAUUUUCCAGCUUUAUUGAAAUGUUAUUGAUCUGUCGCACGUAUAAGUUUAAGGUAUACUGCCCGAUGGUUUGAGAUACCUGUAUAUAUUGCAAAGUGAUUACCACAGUAAGGGUAAUUAAUAUCUCUGUUCCUUCACAUAAUUCUCUUUUGUUGUUGCUGUUGUGAUAGCAUUAAAAGCUCUUAAUAACUGUCUAGUGUACAGUACAGUACUGGUGAGUAUAGUCACUGUGCUGUAUGGAGGAGAUUGCCAGAACUUAACCUCAUCUUAGAGCCAGGAACUUAUCCUCUUUGACCAGCAUCUCCCCAUUUUCCCUACCCCCAAGCAACCAUUGUUCUUUCUAAGGAUCAGCUUGUUUAGAGUCCAAACAUAAAUAAAAACAUAUAGUAUUUGUCUUUUUUCGAUCUUACUUACUUCACUUAAUGCCCUAAAGGUCCAUCUUGUCUCAAAUGGCACAAUUUUCUUCUUUAUGGAGAAAUAACAUUCCAUUUCUGUGUGUGCGUGUGUGUGUUCCAUUUUCUUUUUCCAUUCUUUCUCUGAUCUCUUAUUGUACCUCCUUCACAUAGCAGGGUACUUGCUGCAGUUGGUGCAUGUGGAGCGCUGCAGGGUUAGAUUGGUGAAAACCCAGAGGGUGUUCAGGAGGGAUCAAUGUCAGCAGCAGGGAGGCGGUUCCCAGGAUCGAGAAGAGCUGUGCUCCAAACCAACAUCUUUGGAAGUUGCUGCCCACGACUUCAGUGGAGAUAGAGAAAAGGCUUUAUCAUAAUACUUGAACUCCUUAUCCCCAUGUUGUUACUGCCUUCCCCAUCUCAGUAAGUGGUAAUUCCAACCACCCAGACAUGAUUGGAAUCACAUCUGCCAAAAAUCUCCCUCUGUCCCAGUCCAUUCCCUUGCUGUGUUGGUUUUGCGCCCCUCUGUCUCCUCUGUCAUUCCAGUAUAGACAGCACCUCCUUAAACUCCAGGCUGUAGCUCCUGAAAUCCAGGGCUGCUGCUCCUCCCCUGAUGCCCAUGAGCAGUAUCCUGCUGCCUUCAUGGAGCCCCGCCCGCUUCUCUGAUUUCAUCUUAGGCCACCCUGUCCAUUCACUUACCCAUCCACCCACCAUGCCUGGCCACACUGCACUUCCUAACCUCGGGGACUUGCAUAUCCUUGACCCAGAACACCAUCUCUCCCCUUGUCACCCCAAAUUAUUAUUAACCAUUAUCAGGUUCAACAUUACUUCCUUAAAGAAGUCUUCCCAAUCUAAACCAUGUUCCCCAGUUGUUCCCAUCAUUAUGCCUUUGACUUUUGGACUUUUGCUUUGUAGCAUUACCUCAGUAAUUCUCUAUUUAAACGAUUGUGGUGGGUGCUUAGCAAAUACUCAGGAAGUUAAUGUUGGUCUCCUCAGUUAGACUGCUUUCCCGGCCCUCAUUGUGAACAGGUGCUCGUGCAGGGGUGGCUGUAAGGAUGACGUGCAGAGACGGCAGCUAUGCAGAUGCCCGUCCUCACUGCGUGCCAUCCUGGACUGCAGGAACGAGUUGUAACAGUUUGGAAAAUGAUUCCUUCACACCUCCUGUCCCUCCAGUAACAGCCCUCCUUUUUAUUCUGUGUGUUCUGAGGGGGAAGGGCGGUAACCAGGUGAUUCCAGGAGUGGCCAUGACUGCCAUGACAGAAUGCCACAGACUGGCUAGCUUAACCAUUCCGGAAUUUUCUCAGUUCUGGAGACCAGCAGUCUAAGAUCAGGGUGCAGCCAUUGUGGGUUUCUGACACCAGUCCUAGAAGAUCUCAUCUAACUUUAAUUACUCCUGAGAAACCCUGUCUCCAGAUAUCAACACAUAGGGGUUUGGGACUUCAGGGUAUGGAUUUCAUGAGAACAAAGUUGAGCCCAUAACAUUCAUAGUGGCUCUGUGGCCAGCCUUGGAAGCGUUUGUCUCUGCCGCCAAGAUGCUUCCACGAGAAGACAUGUAUGACGUGGUGGAAGGGUACAUCAAGAUUUCUGUUGAGUGUGCAGAGAUUUUCCAGCUCCUGAGCGGGGAGAAGCGACCUGAAAGUGAAAGAUUAUUAAUAUUUCAAGUUUUCGAGGCCAUAUUAUUGCGGACAGCGAGCGAUCUUUCCCAUUUUCAUGUUGUGGGGACCAACAUUGUGAAAAAGCUAAUGAAUAACCACAUGAAACUCAUCUGUGAGUCCCUGUAUGCCGCUGGCUACAGGAUGGCUCGAGCCUGCCUGAAUCUGAUGACUGCCAUGGUGACCCAGGGUGCUGAGGCUGCCAGAGACGUCUCCAGCCAUUUUGAUUUGAAUAAAAAGACCUUGUACACUCUGGCAACCAAGAGGGACCCAAAGGGAGUGCAGGACGUCCGUCAGGCCUACAUUCAGUUUGCCCUUUCCUUUCUGGUUGCCGGUGAUGACAGCACCAUUGUGCAGGUCCUGGAGUUGAAAGAAUUUAUUCCUUGCAUUUUCAGUUCGGGCGUAAAGGAAGAUAGGAUCUCCACCGUCAGCAUGUUGCUGUCCACGCUGAAAGCCAAGGUAGUUCACAAUAAACAUGUCACAAAAACCCAGAAAGUGCGAUUCUUUACUGGGCAGCUGUUGAACCACAUAGCCUCUCUCUACAAGUGGAAUGGGAUCAGUGAUGUGAGCCUGGAAGAUGUCAAGGCUUCUGCUGAAGAUGCAGGGAAGACCAUGGUGAGGGAACUUGUACACACCUUCCUGAUGGACCUGUGCUGUUCGCUCAAGCAUGGGAUUAAUUUUUAUGACGCAUCUUUGGGCACCUUUGGCAGAGGAGGAAAUCUGACCCUCCUGCACUUCCUGUUGGGCUUGAAAACGGCAGCAGAUGAUGAGCUGGUGGCCGAACUCGUGGUGAACAUUCUUAAAGUGUGUCCCGACCUCCUGAACAAAUACUUCAAGGAGGUUUCGUUUUCCUUUCUCCCGAGAGUGAAGUCCGCUUGGACGAAUAACAUCAAACUGUUAAACAAGAUCUACGAAGCCCAGCCAGACAUCUCCCGGGCGUUUCAGACCAGAGAGUUCAUCCCUCUACCUCGGCUCCUGGCGAUGGUGAUGGUGACCACUGUGCCCCUGGUGUGCAACAAGAUGAUGUUCACCCAGGCAUUAAAUUUGGACAGCAAAUCAGUGAAGCACACAGCUCUGUCCCUCCUCUCCGGCAUUUUGAAGAGAGCACUAAAAACCAUUGAGUACUGCCUAAACAAGGAGGCCUGGCAAGGAUCGGGUGUGUACACAGCCACCAUGAUGGAGGAGUUUGUGCGUCUCUUCAGAGAGGCCCUGAGCAAGAUUGUACCAGAUCUCAACACCGUCGUGUGGGUCUGGCAGUCACUUGUAAAGCAAGAGACAAAACAGGAUGAUAAGAAAGGGACGAAGAUGGGCAAGAGGUCUCCUGCUGCCACUGUGGCUCCCCAGUGCGAUGAUGCAGAGACCAUUCUUCUGAAAGCGGCCCUGCUCCAGGUCAUAUGCCUUUACCAGAAGGUGGUGCCGCAUGUGGUCAUGCAGUACAACUUCGACUUCAGCAAGCUGCUGAAAGGCAUCACCUCCGAGCAGGGCCUUCGAGAGGAGGUGCCCCCCAUUCUGCAGCACCACAUGCUGCAGGUGGCGCUGGAACUGCCUGCCAGCAAGCUGUUAUGGUUAAAGGCCCAGGAAGGCCCAGAUGCAGAGAUUAUUGGAGGAGAACGAUCUGUGUUUUAUUUACUGAUGAAAAUGUUUGUGACCAGCAGCCAUUUGCAGCUCAAGUUAUCAACUAAACUCCUAAUCACUAAGAUCCUGCGGGACACGGGGGUGUUUGAGCACACCUGGAAGGAGCUGGAGCUGUGGCUGGAGCACCUGGACAGCAGCGCGGGCGAGGCCCAGGAGGCCGUGAUCCAGUUCCUGGAGCACGUUUUACUGACAUUGGUGGCAAAUCCCUACCCGUACACAGACAAAGCCUCCGACUUUGUCCAGGAAGCCAGCGCGCUGCAGGCCCCCGCGGCGAGGCAGGACGCCGACGACGCCAGCAUUCCCAUCUCCCACAUCGAUGAUGUUCUCGACAUGGUGGAUGUCCUGGUAGAGGGCAGUGAAGGCUUGGAUGAGGAAGUUGGAUUCUUACUGGAUGAAGACACAGUCCUGCUCACGUUCCCGUUCAGUGCUGUGGUCCCCGCCGCCCUGGAAGCCAGGAAUAAGCUGCUCCUUGGGACAGAAAAUGAAGCAGGGAAAAGUGUCAUGGCGUAUCUGACUGCGGUGCUGACGGACCUUCUCCACAGCCAGCGAGACCCCCUGGCCCUGUGUCUUCUGCUUCAGGCUUAUGAUAAGCUGGAGACUCCACUCCCGGCUUACUGCUGUCAGCUCUCCCGCUUCAACAGCUACUACCGCCUCUGGAUCCCAGAGCCAGCCCGAGAGACCUUGCCGCUGCAGACGUCAGACAGUCUUGCCCCCCAGGAUCUACCGACCUCUUCCUUCUCGGCCCUGCUGCAGGGGGCCUAUGAGCGCGAGGGGGCACUCCUGGAUGAGAGGGUCCAGGCACAGCUGCUGGCUGCCCUCCCGCUCCUUCCCAUGCACCGGAUCCCUCUCGCUGUGAGACACGUGCUGCUGUACCUCCGGAGCUCUGUGGAGAACUUCCGCCAGCUGGGCAGAAGUGCGGGACCAGCCCUGCUGCAGCUUCUCCUGGGCCUCCUCAGGCACCUGGUUGUACACUGUGAGCAACUGGAUGCCCAGAACCAGCGGAAAUGCCAGGCCGCCCAGGCCGAAUCCGACCUCUUUUUGGAUAUGGAGUCUGUGGCCUCGCUGGAGUUGGCCAAUGACAAGACGCUGGAGGAGGUGCUAGUGGCCAUCCUACGACAUCCCACGCUAGAGGGCUGGUUCCUGGCUCUGGAGCAGCAGGCCCUUCCCGCACACACCCUCAGCCCUGUCCUCGUGAAGCUCCUGGCCGCCCAUUUCAGUGCUGGUGUCCUGCAGCUGCUGAUGGCCAGUGCCCCGAUCCUCCGUAGCCUCGGCCAGCUGGGCCUGCUGGCCAAGUACUCGGAGGCCAUCACCCAGAGUGUGUUGAAAGAGCUGCGAAACAAGAGGGCGGGCCCAGCCACUUCGCCAUCAAAGACCCUACCACAGCUGGAGGCCCUGCAGGGGCUUCAUUUGUAUCUAGAGGGCACUCAGCUCCGCGAGGUCACUCUGAACCUGCUGAGACUACCCGAGGCCCAUCUGCUGUCCCAGCGAAACACAAAGUCUCCCGAGAAGGAGAGGCACCUGAAUGCCUUUGGGAAGACCCUGGUCCAGUUGUUGACCAGCAGCCCCCAGGACCAGCUGCAGAGCGGCGAGCUUCUCUGGGCCUCUGAGUAUGUGAGAGGCCUGGGGGCUUUGCUCCCUGCUCUGGCUGUGGACGAGCUGGACACUGUGUUCCUCCACGCUCUGCAGAGAGAGCCCGUGCUGGCCCCCGUGGUCGGGGUCAGCUUGUUUGACUACUGUCUGGCCCGGCACACACCGGCAACCCUGGGCAUUGCCACGCUGCUCCUCCAGCACAGCUGCACCCACCUGCUGCGCUUCGAGCUGUGGUGUGGGCAGGCGGGCUCGGGGCGCUGCCUGCAGGAGAGCCUGGACAGCUUCCUCCCCCUGGUGCACAUGUACCUCCAGCGCAGGACGCGGGGACACCUCACGCGGCCCGCAGCAGUGUCCUCCGCUGUCAUCCCUGUCUUGAGGAAGGCCCUGUGGAGGCGGCUGCAGACUGGUCUUCUCAGUGCCAUCGGGACCCCAGAGUCCGGGCUGCAUCAGGAGAUCCUGGCCCAGCUGGUCCCAUUUGCAAGAGCCAAGGACCUUGGUGUCCUCACGGACCACUUGCCCAACUUGCUUCAGACACCCAACGGUGUCGGGAGCUGGAUCGUGGCUGACUCUGUCUCCGCAGUUCUGGAGGGGUCAGCGGAAGAGCUGCGUGCCUGGAAAAAGAUUCUGCUGGAGUCCUGUGUGAAGUGGCUGGUGGCUGCUUUCAGUGAGGGCCCGCAGGAGGCCGACAGCGCCAGGGAACAUGAGAAGCAAGUGCUGCUGAGAUUUAAAGAGCUGUUGAAUUCACUUCAUGAAGUUGAUCCUGAGGAUUGGCAGAAGUUUGUGAAGACUGGACUCAAAUUUCGGUAUCAGGACCACGCGUUUUUGCAGGCCCUCCAUGCUGCCAUUCAGCUGCUCUAUCUCCCGGAAAAUUCCAUGUGCUCAAAGCUGGUCCCACUGCCGAUGGUCCACAUGAUGCUCACCCAGCAUUCUCUGUUUUUGCCAACUCUGCUGACGUCCGAACAAGAGGAAAACCCAGACAGUCAUGUACAAGAAGCACUGGUGGACCUGAUGUUGGUGGUGGUAAGGAUGUGCCCCUCAGUCUGUGAGAGCAGCCACUUCGCGGUGCUCCUUGGGGCCUAUGGCGCCUCCCUCAGCAUCCUGGACCAGAAGAUUUUGCUUCUUCUCCGGGCAUAUGAACAGAACCGCCUCAGCCUCAUCAACUUCAGGGUGCUGCUGUGGGGCCCGGCGGCCGUGGAGCAUCACAAGACGUGCAAGAGCCUGGGCAAGUCGCUGUGGCAGGAGCCGAGCGCCGGGGACAUCCUCCGCUUGCUGGAUCAGGACCGGAUGAUGAAGACCAUCCUCCAUUUCCCCCAGCACCGCAGGCUGCUGCCCCCUGAGGAUGCACAGGAACCAAUAUUUACAGACAGGAGAAUAGUGGAUCUCGACAGCCUUUAUGACCCCUGCUUUCUCCUUCAUCUCUUCAGUGAAUUGACGAGACCAGAAUUUGUGGUGGAUUGUCGAAAAUUUUUGGAUUCAAAUGCUCUCGGCCUCACAUUUGCGGCCCUCAGCAGCUACGACCCCCAGAUGCGAGCCGCUGCCUACUACGUGCUGGCCGCCUACUACUCACACUUGGAGGGGGCGCGUUUCCGAGAGCAGGCCCAGCUACUUUACCUGUUGGAUGUGGUCAGGAACGGGAUCCGAACUCAGAACAUGAGACUCACCUUUACCUUAAGUCUCUUCAUUGCCAAAGUGGCCCUGCAGAUUUUGAAGCCAGAGGAGCACAUGUACUUGAAGAUCAGCAAGUUCCUGCUGUCACACGAGUACUUGAACAUGAACAAAAUUCCAGGCUUCUACCAGUUCUUCUACAGCUCAGACUUCGAGCAAAAAGCGGAGCAGGAGUGGGUGUUCGGAAUCCUGCGGCAGGGCAUUCGAGACAAGCACUGCUACGAGCUGUACGCCAGGCGGGGCGUCUUCCACGUCAUCUUGUCCUUCUUCAACAGCCCCUUGUGUGAUGACGUGGCACAGAAUUGGAUCCUGGAAAUUCUCCAGAAUGCUGCCCAGGAUACCAAAUCUGCUUAUGCGCUCCUACGAGACUACAGCCUCUUAACAUGGAUUUUACACAUCCUGGAGAGCAGGUUCCUGGAGACCCCUCUGCUGUCUAACGUCAUCUCCUUGCUGCACACGCUGUGGGUGACCAACCUGGGAGACAAAGGAGUAGUGCUGGGGAGCCUGCCUCCCGACGGGCCCGGGCCCCAGGAGCCCCCGAAGCUGCUGGCCCUGCACCUGGUCAACGAGUUCCUUUACGUUCUCCUUGUGCUCACGAGGCACCUGAGGCCCACCUUGGCCCCUGCCCAGCUGACCAGCUUCUUUGGGGCCCUUGACACGGUGCUGAGGUACCGGACCACCGUCCUGCAGGCCUUCAAGGACAUGAACCGCUUCACGGUGAACGAGACGGUGCUGUCCACCAAGGACGUGCUCGUCCUGCUGCACAAAUGGAGCCUCCUCGAGAGAGACGUCAGGCUCCAGGAAGACCUUCGAGCGGCCGUGGAGAAGCAUCCAGCCAAGGAGCUUCUGAAGAUGUUCAAGGAGAAGAACAAGCCUGCUGUGCCAGCCCGCGCCAAAGGCCCCCGGGGCCGGAAGAGGCGGCCUGAGGAGGCAGAGGCAGCGGCUGAGCCUGAGCUGCAGGCAUCCAGCUUGGAGACGUGCAGGGGCCUCCUGAGGUCCAUACUGACUCACUGGGGACCCGUGUACCCCAGCCCUGAACUGCCUCAGGAGUCCACGGACGGGCCCGAGAACAGCGCCGGAGGCUCUGGGCACGCCGCUGCCUCCCUGGUGGUCAGCUGGGUGCUGCGGUCAGUGGCCGGGUGCCCCCUCAGCAGGGCAGAGGCGGCAGGACUCCUCGGCUGGCUUAAGAGCUACGUGUUGCCACAGCCGGCCCUUGUGACCGACCUUCUCAGGGACAAGGCCGUGAGGAGCAGCUUGUUCAGGCUGCACAGCCAGCUCUGUGGUGCUGAGCAGCUGGCGGGGCCCGAGCUGAGAGUGGCCUGCCUGUUCAACUCCGUCAUGCUGCAGAUGAUGGCGACCCAGGGCCCGGCAGGGAGCGCCCUCGGGCAGACAGUGGAGGCGCUCUGCUGCCGCUCUCUGGAAGACGAGGAGGAGGAGGCCACGAGAGCCACCGCGGCCUUCCUGGUGUCUCUGUACAUUAAGGACGUCUGGCUGGGGGCCCAGCAGCCAGACACACUCCUGCACCACGUCCAGAUGACCUGCGACUCUGCAGAGGAGGAGCUAAGCAGCGGCGGAGAGGCCAUCGUCCUGCUCUGCAGGGAUGUCACGGCCUCGGCCCCAGACGCCUGACGCCCUGUCUGCUGCCCUCAGCGCCAGGUUCUAGGAGACUGAUGGAGUCAAGGGUUUCUGUGGCAGGCAUGUGACGUGGCGGGCUGCGUGUGCCACUCAGUUCCCUGGCCAGAGGGCUGGCAUUAGUUGACCAUGGCCUAACGAGCUCAAGGGACUGUCCAGAAUGGUCGGUGCUGGGCGCUGGCCGUGCCCCUCGGCGCCAGGCAGGCGGGCCCUUCCUCCUGUCGCGGAGGUCGUGCUCUGAGCACCCAGGGGGUUCCAGACAGUAAAGUAAAACGUCAAAAGACACAUCGGAUAAAAGAACGCGAAGAGAAGUCACGACAAAGCUUAGCCUACGACUGUUGGCGUAAUUAGGCUCCCGCCCGCGUGUGUUCAGUACUUCACUGCAUGAGAGUGUGUUGUAUGGAACCCUAAAAGCAGGCGCCCAUUUGACUUCUGCAGCUGUGUUCUUUUUAAAGGUGUAUUUUAAAGAGGGGAAUUUGAACUUUAUAACUUCUUGUUAAUAAAUUUCUAUUUUUGUUAGACUUUUGUACGUUGCUUCAUUGAUGUUGUCUGUUUUUGUGCCAUGGAGAGCUGCAUUUUAGAGGCCGGGAUUUGACUUUCAAGAUUCCUAUAGGUUGGAGUUGUCGCGGACAGAUGUUGAAAAGGAAGCUUCACGGGUCUCAGAUAAAAUCCCAGCCUGUGUUGAGUCCCGGCACGCAGCUGGGCCCCGGGCCUACUGGCCGUCGUCGCCCGGCAGCACCGGCAGCGGCCCCAUCUGACAGCUGCAUGUGCCUGCUCGCUUGCCAGGCGGCACACGUAGCCCCAAGAAGACCUUUCCAGACCAGCAGUGUUCCUCAGACUCUUUCUAGACUCUCUUCUGUUUUGUUUUUUGAAUGACUUAAGAUUUAAGCAAGACAAGGGGAACGGUUAUCUGUACCUUGUCCCCUUCCUGCAAGCAGGGCCCACUGUCUGGAAAACAAGUGGCUGCCAAACAGCCGCAACCCAGGUCCGUGGGGACUGGCUCCAGGACACACCCCCACACCCCCCACCACGCAAGCCCCUUGCAGAAACCGGCAUAGCUGGGCAUGGAACUACACAGACUCUCUGCCCCCGGUCGUCUCUCGGUGACCUGUGACCACGAAGACCGCGGCGUGUCACCGCUGGGUAAACGUCCGACGCGUCGCUGCCUUGGGAAGUGAGCACAGGAAAGAAGGCCCGCUCAGGGGAAGCGUCACGGGCCUGACCACGCGUCCCGUCCCGUCUGUGGAUGCCUGACCCGAGACACGGAGGGCGCCAGCGUAUUCUGAAGUCGGAAUCCUGCUGGAUGCCAGUCGGAACGCCGCGUGCUCCUCUCGGCCACCUUUGCAGCCCUGGGGGGCUGCAGUCUCCCCUCUCGCAUCAUCCCUUCUAGCCCCCUGCGCCUGCCUGGCCUGGUGAGAGCCGUCACCGGUGGAGAGGUUUUAGGGGUUGUGUGCUGUGGUGCUGUCUCUGCACAAGAGGACUAGAUCCUAAGGGGGUGGGGGUCUCUUCAGAGGUCACAUAAGGUCACCAUUGAGAGGGGACCCUUCCAGCCACUUACAGCUGUUCUGCUGGCGGCAAUAGGAUCUGGGAUUUCUCCCCUUGCCUUUGGGCCCUGCCUGCUCCCUCCAGGGGCGGUGCCGUCUCUGCUCAGUCUCUGGCAAGCUUUGGGAGGUCGGGAUAGGGCCCCUGACUGCUCAGCUGGCUGGCUGGGCACCAGCAGGGGAGGAAUGAGGGCUUCACAGACCCCUGGGGGCCUGGAAAGGUGCACACUGGCCCAGUGAACUCAGGCUUAGUAAGAUGAUGCAGAAUAGUUGACGCUAAGCAGUGAACAAAUAUAUUUUUGUUUUCCCACCCUCAGACAGGAAGCAAACAGGAGACAGGUGUUAAAAACAAUCCGCAGCAUCUGGCACUGCCUCCCGGCUGCUGGAUGGGCUUGUGCGCACCCAGAUCCAUGCCGGGGUGCGCCUCCUAGCGGUUGGUUGAGACUCUGUCCCACGCACACCGGUGUCCGAAGGCGUCCGUGUCCCGCUGCUUUGAGUUCACCGCUUGGCUCAGCAGGCGCAGUGCUUUGCUGGUGUCAGUUCUGCAGUCAGGUUUGUCUCCAGAACAGACCACGGGGCUUGUUCCUGCCAUCAGCUGAGGCCGUGGGGUCCAGGUCCCAGA